AUGAGUAGUCGUGACCGCCCAAGGGGCCCUCCGCCCAGUGACAUUCCCCCUCAAAGGGAUCCGCGCCGUGGAGGCGAUGGUCGCAAUGGCGGAUUUCCCGGGCCCAGUGAUGGCUCCUUGUCAAGGGCGGAGAAGUUCGAGGACGAGAAGAGGCGGAUCAUUCACAGCUGUUUCUCUAAGAAGGACAAUGAUGGCACCUUGGUCGAGUCCUACAUAACACAUGUCCGCAUUAUCGAAGAUGCGGCAUAUCCAUCCACCCCCGCGCCGCCAAACUCGCCGCCCGAAAACAAGAAGCCUCGAGUAAUCAUUGUUGCGGUCAGAAGAUCAGGCAGGGUGCGCUUGCACAAGGCUAGGGAGAACAACGACGGGUCUUUUUCUAUUGGGAAAACAUGGAUGCUCGACGAUUUAUCCGCCAUUCAAUCGUAUAACGCCUUGGUACCGUCGACCCCUCUGGAACAACAGCAGAAGCAGUGGGCUCUCAAUCUCGGGUUCGUGGUUACCGUGGGAAAGCCUUACUAUUGGCAUGCACGGACUGCCAAAGAGAAGGACUUUUUCAUCGGCAGUCUGGUGAAGAUCUAUCGCAAAUAUACUGGGGGCAAGGUGCCCACACUAAUUGGCUUCGACGAACGUGAACGGCAACUGCUGGCUGGGUCAAACCCCACUCCUCCGACGGCACCGCCAGCACCUAGAAUCCCUCACCCAGGAUCUUCUCGUUCGGAUGUGACAUUGCCCCCCCCUCGCCCGCCUUCAUCUCAGGGCAGUCGGCCCCAGUCUCCGUACUCAAGCCGCGCGCCCAGUCGCGAUGGGCCUAAGAGGCCACCACCUGAGGAACACGCCCUGCGAUCUCAAAAGAGUCGAGAGCAGAUGGCAAGGCCGUCGACUGGCCAGUCUGCAAAAAGCGGGUUUUCACCCUCCGGUCCCCCAUCGCACCCGCCACCGAUACCCCCUGAUCAUCGCGAGCAACCUCCUCGUGCGACGGAACGACUGGCAACAGAUAACAGGGGCCCAAAGGCGCCGCCGCCCCCUCUACACGAAUCCAGAAGCAGGGACUUCCCGUCCAGUCUGCAAGCUGCAUCUUCUGCUGUCUCGCCAGACAGACUCAACGGCCACAAUGCUCAUAAUAGCGAAACCAGUCAAGGAGUCCCAACCCUGGAGGCAAGGCCCCCAUCCUCUCGGGAUGGAAGGCCAGAUCCCGAAUCAAGGCCUAUGCUACGUACCCAUGAUUUACACACUAGUCGUAGCAAGGAUGGUCUUCGACCCACGACACCAGGGUCGGUCUCCGGAGAGAAUCGCACAUUCUUGCACAGUCCAGCAAGCAGCGUGGGUCCACGGUCGCCUUUGCGGGAAACAUCCGAACGGUCUUCCAGAUCGGACAUACAGACAGAACCUCAGGAGCUGGAGGCUCCUGUCAGCUCCAGCGUCGGGGAUCUGCCAUCCACCUUGAUGCCCGGCAUGUCAGCAGGCAACAAGACACCGACCACUCCCCAUAAACCCGAAUCUAUCACUAUUCAACCUCCCGUACCAGCGUCGGCACCAGAACCAGAAACAGUCAUAGCAACUCCGGAUCCUCCGCAGUCGUCGGAAGCUGCCGAACCGGCUGCAGAGACGGAGCCUCCUAUGCCAACCAGUCCUUCGGACGAUGCGGGGCCUGCAGCUGAAGACCUUGAUACGCACCGUCCAGGCCUUGGUCCUAUGGUAAAGAAAAAACAAACCAAGGACGUUGCAGGAGCAUUGCGCAAAGCCGCAACUGCCUACGGUGCUUUCAAGCCUAGACCCGGAGGUGCAGGCGAGAGGCUUUUGGCAGCGGCGAGAAAGCAGAAAGCAGCAACGGAUGAACCUGAUGGUAUUACAAGCGUUGUUCCAGCUCCAUUCUUGCUUCGGACGAACAGCGACAAUACAACGGCUGGCCCUGACAGCCCAGAUAAAGAGGGGCCAGCAGCUCCCUUACCUCUUAGGACAGAGGAACAACCUGCUGCGCCUCCACCUAUCACAAUCCCUGCAUCAGAACCUCCCACGGUUGAAGUGACCCAAGCGCCUCCGCUGGAGCCCGUCAUCAAGCCCGUCGAGGCACCCAGUGACACGCGCGACACAUCGAGACCCGUGGUGCAGAUUGUCACUGACGAGAGGACAAGGUCCGUGUCGCCUUCGCCACACGAUCGCCGCCGUAGACGUCAUGAAGACAACACAAUUAAGUACUGCCAGUCUCUUGGGAUCAGGCCUAGCGUUUUGGCAGGGCGAGGGGGGGAUUUUGAUGAUAUCUUGACAGACCUAGGUUGGAAUGGACGGCUUAGUGACGAAAAGCGCAUCGAAGAUCUUGAAGCGGAUAUCCGUCGCGAAAUCGGACGCGUCGAGGCUACCAGCUGGCUUGGUAACCUGGAGCAGCAGGAGGGGAAGAUUGAUCAAUUGGCCAAACUCAUUGACAAGACGGUCGAGGAAUGCGAAGAGUUGGAUAAUCUACUUACGCUAUACGCGCACGAAUUGAACACACUACACGACGAUGUGUCCUAUAUUGAGACACAAUCGCAGGGUCUGCAAGUGCAGACUGCUAACCAGAAGUUGCUCCAAAACGAGCUACAGAACCUCCUGAAUACACUCUCUAUCUCUUCAGGUGAUCUGCGUGCACUCAAGGAAUCCUCACUGAGUAAUCCUGAUGGACUACGAGAUACUGAAGUGGCACUGUCAACACUGUAUAAGGCGAUGUUGAUGAUCGAUUCCGAUAUACGGCAGAAUAAGAGACGGCUGGCCGAUGCUGCUGGAGAUCAUGGCAGCCUGGGCGUUUACGCUGACACGGAGAUUGGACAGAUGCGCGCCAUCCAGGAAAAGAAAGAAGAAUAUCGCGCACAUGCUCGGGUAUUCUUGCAGCGACUCAAACAAUUCAUGACAAUCGCCUUCAGAAUUGCAGAGCAAAAGAGGAUCGACGCCGCAGCAGCCGCUGCUCAGAAAGACCCCCUCAAGCUCAACAGUGAAGCUCGGGCGUACUGUCGCCGAGAACUGUGGCAUUACCACGCAAUGAUUCUCUUCGCGCGAGAAGUUAGCGGAGGAGAAUGGCAGGCCUUAAUCAACCUUUAUGAACAACAGGCGAAAGCGCCUUACCAGAAUGACUUCCGCGACAACAACGUGUCUUGGAGGAAGAUGGCAAGAAAACCCACAGGAGAUGAGCAGGAACUCCUCUUCACCCAUCAGGAGAAGGAAAAAGAAAGUGAAGGUCUCACGAUGGCCGCACGUAAACUCACCGUUCGGAGAGGCAAGACCAUCCGAGCGGCAGCCGGCCUCAAGCUGUCAUCUGGUGACAAGCAACACGGUAAACUUGAGCCAUGUGAGGCAUUCGCAGGCACUCUCCAAGAGACAUUGAGAAUGAUCUCUGAGGAGCAGAACUUUAUUGUUCAUUUCUUCCACUUGAACUCCCUCUCCACACUCGAAUUUCCGGACCUGGUCGCUUCGGGUGCUCCGGAUGAGCGCAGGAUUCCUAAUUUCAGCGUCAAACAAUUACAUGACCCCGACCGGGGUAUGGCCAAGAAGGUCGAACAGAGCAUGGACGAACUCUUCUCAUUCUGGCCCACUGAUAUGCAGAAUCUUAUUGACUGGGCUAUCCGAGCGGAUCCACUUCAAGGAAUUGGUAUUCUACUGGCCUUGGAAAAGGCUAUCUCCGAGUUCGAUGACGCCAAUCAGGAUUUUAUUGUCCACUCCCUUCAGAAACUGCAUUCUCGACUCCUUGGUCUAUUUAAUCGAUUUGUGGAUGAACAAAUCCGCGGUAUCGAGGAGACGAAAGUCAAAGUGAACAAGCGCAAGGGAGUGAUCUCAUUUAUGCGAGUGUUCCCGAAUUUCGCCACUGCUGUGGAGAAUCUCCUCACGCAGCAGUCGCAGGAUUUCCAUGAUAUUCGCAUCAGCGUCAACGAAGCCUACGAUCGCAUCAAUCGUGCCAUGUGGGAGUCGCUCAAGUUCAUCGCCAAGGAAGCUCCCGGCCAACCGACGGCCACGACUGCCACGUCUGGCGAUCCUGAGGACAAGGAAAUUCUUAAUUACCACAUUCUCCUGAUCGAAAACAUGAAUCACUACGUGGAGGAGGUCGGUAUUCGAGAUCUUUUGGUUCUGGAGCGUUGGCGCGACCGCGCGCAGCAGGACAUGCAGGAGCACUUGAAGCUGUAUCUCGAUUCAGUCAUCCACCGACCUCUCGGCAAACUGCUUGAGUUCGUGGAGUCUGUCGAAAAUCUACUAGGGAGCGGAAUGAACCCCUCGGACAUUGCCAGCCGGCCCAGUUACUCGCGAUCGGUGGCGAAGAAGGUGAUGGCAGCGUACGACGGAAAGGAGAUCCGACGAGGUAUCGAAGGGCUGAAAAAGCGGGUUGAGAAGCACUUUGGCGAUGCAGACGAUCCGGGGUUGAGUCGGAGUCUGGUGUUGAAGGUGCUCCGGGAAUGCGAGGGUCGUUAUGGGGAGGCAUACGACCGCACCCGGCGCAUCAUUGACACAGUGUAUGAGGGACAAUUGGAGCUUGAAUGGCGCAAGGAGGAUGCGGCUGCCAUGUUCCAGAAGUGACAGAUGGAUGGGUAUUAUUAGGAUUUUUGAGUUUCUGCCCUUACUUGACUCUGGUCUGUUGGCUGCUAUUGAGUGUAAAUCAUACAAGGGGGGGAGGGGGAAGGAAAGGCAUGGCAUUGGGCGUUUGUUUCAUC